AGAAAAAAAAAUCCAUUUAUUUCUCUCUCUAGCUUCUCUCUCUAUACUUUCUUUCUCUGAAUGGCGGAGCCUCUGAACCCUAGCAUGUCUCAGCCGCCUUUACUAUUGCAGGAGCGUCUACGCCUGGUCUGGAGGGUGGUUGAAUUAUAGUGUUUUGAAGUUUGGGUGAAGUUGAUAGGCAAUUGUUGGAGUUUUCGGUGGAGAUUCGAAAUUGAAUUUCUUUCCGUGGGGCUAUUUUGUAAUUUGAGAAAUCAAAGUUUGUGCUUAUUGCUGAUGGCAGAGGACGGCCUGCGGACUGGUGGGCUUUCUUCUGGUCUGGCAGUGAUAUUGAAUGGUGGGGAUAAGAGAGAGAGUUCAUCCAAAAGCCACCUUGUUUCGUAUUGUGAUGAAUUUGGCCACCAAUCUGUGGAGCGAACUCUUGAACACAUAUUUGAUCUUCCAUACAAAUCAAUUAGUCCAUUGAAUGGUCCUGUCGAUACUAAUCUGAUUCGUGCUAUCAUAAAGAAUGACUUCUUAAGAUUUUAUAUAAAUCCAGAUGAUUUAGGUAGUAAUAGAGAUGGAGUGUAUAUUGAUAAAAGCAGUGGGUCUAAUACAGUUGCUAUUGAAGAAUCUAGCAUCUGUGGUGAUAUUCGAAUUGUCAAGCCACCUUUGCUUUUAGAAAGUCUUGGCAUGUUUAGUAGUGCAAGGGCCAAUGUAUGUGUGUGGAAAGGAAAAUGGAUGUAUGAAGUGAUUCUAGAAACUUCAGGCAUACAGCAGCUUGGAUGGGCAACACUUUCUUGCCCUUUCACUGACCACAAGGGUGUAGGGGAUGCCGAUGAUUCAUAUGCAUUUGAUGGGAAAAGGGUUAGCAAAUGGAAUAAGGAAGCUGAGACAUAUGGUCAGUCGUGGGUUGUUGGUGAUGUCAUUGGGUGUUGCAUAGAUUUGGACAAUGAUGAGAUCUCAUUCUAUAGAAAUGGUAUGUCACUUGGGGUGGCAUUUCAUGGGAUCCGUAAGAUGGGGGCUGGAGUUGGAUAUUAUCCUGCAAUUUCGCUUUCACAAGGUGAGCGGUGUGAGUUGAAUUUUGGGGGUCGCCCCUUUAAAUACCCUAUUGAAGGUUUCCUUUCCCUUCAGGCUCCUCCAUCUGCAAACUCACUUGCUACUUGCUUGUUACGGUGCUUAUCAAGGUUGGUGGAGAUGCAAUGCAUGGAAAGAGCUGAAUUCAAUUCUGUUGAGAAACUGAGAAGAUUGAAGAGGUUUGUGCCACUUGAAGAACUUUUUAACCCUGUCUCUCGUGGAAUAUAUAAGGAGUUCUUUGCUUUGCUAGAUGCAGAAAGGGGGAGCUUGGAAUAUGUAGGAUGGGGUUCACUUUUGUCCUUCAUGAUGGAAGUGUUUGGGAUGCAGGCACCACAUGAUUAUACAAGCUUAGAUAAAGUUCUUGAUCUCCUUCUGGAGUUUCAGGGGUCAAAUUUGAUAUUGGAGCAUGUUAUAAAUGCCCUAUCAUGCAGUUGCAAGACAGCAUCCUUGGUUCUAACAGAGUGCCCAUACACAGGGCCAUAUUCUUAUCUUGCAUUGGCAUGUCACAUGUUAAGACGGGAAGAAUUGAUGUUACUUUGGUGGAAGUCAUCAGAUUUUGAAUUAUCAUUUGAAGGGUUUCUAUCAUGUAAAAGUCCAAAUAAGCAGGAUCUUCAGUGCAUGAUGCCUUCUGUCUGGUGGCCUGGUUCAUGUGAGGAUGUGUCAUAUGAAAGUAACAUGAUGUUGACAACUACAGCUUUAUCUGGAGCAGUCAGUAAGAUUGAGGAGAAGCAUAGGGACCUCUGUCGCUUAGUCAUGCAAUUCAUACCACCUACAAUGCCACUUCAGUUGCCUGGUUCAGUGUUUAGGACAUUUUUGCAGAAUCUUCUAUUGAAGAAUAGAGGAGCAGACCGCAAUGUACCACCUCCUGGAGUUUCAAGUAACUCUGUCAUUGUUUCUUUGUACACAGUGAUACUCCAUUUUUUAUCUGAAGGGUUUGCUGUGGGGGACAACUGUGGGUGGAUGAAGGGCUGUGGAAUUAAUGCUGGAUCUGAUGUUGGUUUUCUUCAUAGAGGUGGCCAACAAACUUUUCCCAUGGGUUUAUUUCUUAAAAGUGAUCCUCAUCGAAGUGACAUUUCUAGGCUUGGGGGAUCAUUUAGUCAUCUGUCGAAAUCACAUCCUGUAACUGACCAGGAAGCAGAAGUGGUUAGGUGGGAGGAAGGCUGUAUGGAUGAUGAAGAAACCAGAGUAACUCAUCUUACUAGGCAGCACCCCUGUUGUUGUUCAAGUUAUGAUGUUGAUUUCACCAGAGUCUCAAAGGAUCCAAUCAGAUAUACUGCUAAAGGUUCUCGGGGCCAUUGCAGCACUAGUCCAGAGAGAUCUGCUCAAGUUGCUGCAGAAUGCAGUGCAGGAACUCUGAAUGAUGAGAUAGCGGAUAAACCCAGCUCAAGUGAUCAAUCUGAACCUGAGUUUGAUUAUCGGCCAGUGCAACAUAUGAGGAUUGUACCAAGGGAAAGUAAUUUUUCUACUGCAACUUUAAGAGAAGAGGAACUUCUUGAUGCUAUGUUGUUGUUGUAUCAUGUAGGUCUUGCACCAAGUUUUAAGCAGGCAUCACAUUACAUGUCUCAUCAAUCGCAAUCUAUAUCUCUUCUUGAAGAAACUGAUAAACAAAUAAGAGAACGUGCUUAUGGUGAACAACUAAAGCAUUUAAAGGAAGCUCGCAGUAUUUAUCGGGAAGAAGUUAUUGAUUGUGUAAGACAUUGUACAUGGUACCGCAUCUCUCUGUUUUCUCGCUGGAAGCAAAGAGGAAUGUAUGCAGCAUGCAUGUGGAGUGUUCAAUUGCUUCUGGUUCUUAGCAAAAUGGAUUCCAUAUUCUGUUAUAUCCCUGAAUUUUAUGUGGAAGCUCUGGUUGACUGCUUCCAUGUUCUGCGCAAGAGUGAUCCUCCAUUUGUCCCUUCGGCAAUACUCAUUAAGCAAGGACUUGCUUCAUUCGUAACUUUUGUCGUUACCCACUUCAACGACCCAAGGAUAUCUAGUGCAGAUCUGAGGGAUCUUCUUCUCCAAUCUAUUUCAGUCCUGGUACAAUACAAGGAAUUUUUGGCUGCUUUUGAGAGCAAUAUUGUAGCCACCCAAAGGAUGCCAAAAGCAUUGUUGUCUGCAUUUGAUAACCGAUCCUGGAUUCCUGUAACAAAUAUACUUCUGCGUUUGUGCAAGGGCUCUGGCUUUGGUUCUUCAAAGCAUGGUGAAUCAUCAUCAUCAUCUUUUGUUUUCCAGAAAUUGCUGCGGGAGGCUUGCAUCGUCGAUGAUGAAUUGUUCUCUGCUUUCCUCAAUCGCCUGUUUAACUAUCUCAGCUGGACAAUGACUGAAUUCUCAGUUUCGGUUCGAGAAAUGCAAGAAAAACACCGGGUUUUGGAGUUUCAGCAACGGAAAUGCAGUGUAAUAUUUGACCUCUCAUGUAAUCUUGCGAGGGUAUUGGAGUUCUGUACCCGUGAGAUACCUCAAGCAUUCCUGACAGGAGCAGAUACAAACCUUCGUAGGUUAACUGAGUUGGUUGUUUUUAUUCUGAACCACAUAACUUCAGCUGCAGAUGCUGAAUUUUUUGACUUAUCCCUCAGACGCCAUGGUCAAUACCCAGAGAAAGUAAAUCGAGGCAUGAUUUUAUCACCUCUUGCUGGGAUCAUCUUGAAUUUGUUGGAUGCUAGUGCACAGACAGAAUGCAAGGCACAGAAUGAUGUUGUUGGGGUUUUUGCAAGUAUGGACUGUCUUGAUACUGUUCAUCGCGGAUUCCAGUACUUGCUAGAAUACAACUGGGCUGGAUCCUUUAGAGGAGACAUGUAUCUUGCUAAACUUGCCCAGCUAGAACAAUUCUCGAGUCUCCUUAUCAGCCAAACCAGGUCAUGGGAAGUGGAGAGCACAGCCUGUGAUGGUGAAACAGAUGGUGAUGAUGGCGUGUGCUGCAUUUGUUAUGCUUGUGAAGCAGAUGCCCGGUUUGUCCCCUGUUCCCAUACAUCUUGCUUUGGCUGCAUAACCAGACAUCUUCUUAACUGCCAGAGAUGCUUCUUUUGCAAUGCAACUGUUGCAGAAGUUGUUAGAAUGGAUGGGAAGACAGCUUAAAUUAAAUUUUCUGCCCUUCUUUUUGCGAUGCUUCAUCUGUCACAUUAUCUGAUUAUUGGGGCGGGUUGAUAAAUCCGGCUUUACCAUCCAGAUUGCUUGAAGGUUGCUGAGAUUCUGCAGAUGUGUGAACAGAAAUGACAAAUGACAAAAGAAAAAAGGAAAAAUGAAAAAAAAAAAAUCAAUAGUUUACUCUUAGAUGCUUCAAUUAAAAGUAUGAUUAUAUCGGUUUGUAUAUGGGUUUGCGAGGGCAGAAAUCCGGAAAGAAAAUGGAAAAAUUUGUUAUGGGGUGGUUGCGAAUUUUGUAAAGGGCGUUUAGGGUAUUAUUCUGUAAAUAUGAGAUGUAAAUUGGAAGGAAAUCUUUUGUUUUUGGUUCUCCCAAGUCCUGUAAAAGAGAAACAUGUUUUGGGGAAUUCCAUAUGGUUAGCAAAGGAAUCAAUAUGCAAAAUCGAUAUAAGCUAUCCAGACCCGUC